CGCGGUGACGAUGGCCUGGCCGCUGCCGCUGCUGCUGCUGCUGCUGCUGCUGGCCGGGACCCCCGCGCGGCCCGCGCCGCCGACCUGCUACUCCAGGAUGCUGUCCCUGAGCCGGGAAGUCACUGGCGACUUCCAGAGCCUGCAGGCAGCGCAGCCCCGGGAUCCUUGUGUGAGAUACCUGCCCAGGCUGUACCUGGAUAUACACAAUUACUGUGUGCUGGCCAAGCUGCGGGACUUUGUGGCCUCACCCCAGUGCUGGAGAAUGGCCCAGGUCGAUGCCUUGAAGGACAAAGUGCAGAAGCUGUACACCAUCAUGAACUUGUACUGCAGGAGAGACUUGGUAUUCCUGUCAGACGACUGCCAUGCCUUGGAAUCCCCAAUCCCGGUGACCACGGCCCUGCCAGAUCGUCAGAGCUAAGGCCACCGGACCAGAGAAGGAUAAGAGGACAAGUCACAUCAGCCGCCCAGACACAAUGAGCCGAAGGCCCCCGCCCCCAUCUCUGUGUUGCUGUAGCAUCUGACACUGUCACGCGUCCGUCCGCCUUCUGGAACGCAGGGCUGGGCUCCCGCCCAGGCCGCUUCUGCGAGCCUGGAGUCGGACGCCUCGCGUCUCGGUCCCUCGCGUGAUGUCUUGCCGGGACGGCUGGACACGCAAGCAUGUCAGUUUAGUCACUAAAAAGAAAAAGGCUAACCAGCUUCUCUUUUAUAAACAACUAGCUUGAGAACAAACAAAAUAGUGUGUUUUUAUUACUAGUGUAGUCGAGUGAUGGCACCAUUUUUCUUUCUUGAUAAGAACCUGCUUAGCUUACCCUUGCUAAGCUUCUAUUAUCCCUUCUCCCAACAAAGUUUCCUCACUUUCUUCCAUUUAAAAAAAAUUCGUGCUUUUAAGAUAUAUUUGCAAGGUUUAUAUGUAGUGCUGACAGGAACCACUC